CACCGAAUCUGUUCUCUGUUGUCAAAGAAAAAUGGCGGCGACGAUGUUGUCAUCAACUCUGUUCUUAUUUGCGAUACUGUUUGGUUACAAUUACGCUAAACCUCAACAAGGAGUUUGGGAUUCCAAUAUAAAUAAGGAAAGCCCAUUGUUUUUUGCAUCAAAAAGUAUUUAUAAAGGUGGCCAGUUGUCAGUGACAAUUUUUUGUGAAAGUAAUUCUAAUACAACCUUCAAACUUUCAUGGAUAUUUCGUCGAUCUUCCUGUGCAAAUGAAUAUGUUGAAGUUAAUUCGUCUGUCGCUGACUAUUAUUUAAAAAUGCCAUGGCAAAAGUCAUUGCCCACCCAGAGGACAGAAUAUGUGUCUGGUUCAGGCACUUACUAUUGUGACAAACACAACAGAAUUACUCUACAUGCUGCCAAUGCCACCCAUCCUGUUGAAGCAACAGAUCCCCCAACAGAGAAGCCAACAAAGCCAACAGAGAGUGCUGGAACUGAAGUACCUGCACCUGUAAAGGCUGAUACAGUGAAGGAAGGGAGUGAUACCAAACCUGCAGCUAGAAAACGAAGGGCUACAGAAGAGGGAGCUGAUAAAAAAAAAGUAGAGGAGGAGAAGAAACCUGCCCCAAAAGUAGCUUUCUCAAAGGAGAUCGAUAAUGACGCACAAUAUUUGCUUAAGACAUGGGCGGAUGGGUAUUAUUUGUUCGUGUUGAAUCUUCAUCAUGGUGAAGAUUUUCCUGAAGAUUUUCUUCUGAAAGUUGAUGUUAGAAUCAGCAAUGGUAACAGUUACAUUGCAGCAGUUGAUUUCCCUCUUCUAAUUUUCUAUGGAGUGAUGGGGCUGAUCUACAUUGGCUUUGGCAUAAUGUGGCUUAUUUUACUAGCUUGUAACUGGCGAGAUUUGCUUAGGAUACAGUUUUGGAUUGGGGGAGUUAUUCUGCUUGGUAUGCUUGAGAAGGCUGUUUUCUUUGGCGAAUAUGAGAACAUCAACAAUACAGGCCAGUCUGUGAGGGGAGCCAUUAUCUUUGCUGAGUUGGUUUCUUGCUUAAAGCGGUCACUUGCCAGAAUGCUGGUCAUAAUUGUCAGUCUUGGCUAUGGCAUUGUCAAGCCAAGACUUGGGCAGACUUUUCAUAAAGUUUUGAUUGUAGGAGUUGUGUUCUUCAUCCUCGCUUCUAUUGAAGGAUGUAUGAGGGCACUCACAGAGAAAGCAGCCCAAACUACCCAGCAGCUUUUGCCAGGUGUUCCAUUGGCAGUGACUGAUGCCAUCAUUUGUUGGUGGAUAUUUUCUUCCUUGCUGCAAACAACAAGAACAUUGCGUUUGAGAAGAAAUAUUGUUAAACUUUCACUGUAUAGACACUUCACAAAUACACUUAUAUUUGCUGUAAUAGCCUCUGUAGCGUACAUGGUGUGGUUUUUGGUGCAACAUCGCUUUAAGGAAUGCCUUUCUGAUUGGAAGGAGCUGUGGAUGGAUGAUGCUUUCUGGCAUCUAUUGUUCUCUGUGAUACUGUUUGUCAUCAUGGUCCUGUGGCGUCCAACUAUUAAUAAUCAGAGGUAUGCCUUCUCACCUUUGUUGGAUGCUGCAGAUGAUGAUGAAGAAGAUGAUCAGUCACUGAAUGAUGCUUACGAGGGGAUGAAGAUGCGAUCAAAGAAUCAGAAGAAUGGCUCCACUAAGCUGAAUGAUGAUCAGAAGAAUGAAGAUGAUUUGAAAUGGGUUGAAGAUAACAUUCCAGCUUCCUUGGCAGACAAGGUUCUUCCAGCUUUAGACUCAGAUGAAGAGAUCAUGAACACAAAGUUUGAAGUUUCAAAGAUGGAGUAAAACAGUAUGCUGAGCAUUAAUAGCUGAUUCAACAUUCUAAUUAAGAGAAUAACAUUAUUCUGACUUUGGAUUUUAUCUGUAAUGAUUUGUGUUUGAUGCUAAUUAUCGCUUUAAGAUAAUCUCACAUUGUGAUCAUCUGUAUUAUACAGUUGAAAGUGUCAGCAUUUGUCAUAUUUUGUAUAUUACCAUGAUGUGUGUUGAAUGGGCUAAAAUGAUGAAUGUGGGAGCUUUUGAAAGAUUUAACCAUUAUUUUUAUAAUGCAUAAAUUGGUUAUUCAGUACUUUUCAAUUAUUUGUGAGUCUUUGGUUAAUUAAAUUAUGAAAGGUGUAAGCAGUUAUACAUUACGUUUAAUUUUCACAAAAUAUUGGUAAUGUUAGUUGUGGUAUAACAUGAUUUAAAUGCUUCACUUACAAAUUAUUUAAAUGGUUUUAUUUUUUCUCCCCCAUAAGGAAAGUGCUUUUGUCCAUAUUUAUAAAAAUAUUCCUACUAUUAAUGAAAUAUUUAAUUCCAUCUUUAUACCAAUAGUUUGUGUUGAGUACUUUUUGUGAGCACUUUAAAUUAGUUUGUUAUUUAAAUAACAUUACAUUAUAAAUUCUGUUUUAUCAAUCACUUCUUAAUAUUUUUAGUGUCUACUUUCUAAGAUUUAAAUAAACUAAAUUAUAAUGUAGUUCUCUUUACUGCACAAAUAAAUUUGUAAAUAUGAGUAAGGUUUCAGUUUAAAAUUUAAACAUUUUCAAUUAUCCCUUUACAUUGAACGAUUUAAUUGUUAUAAUUUGUUUAAUUUAUUUUUCUUUUAUUUCAUUACAAAUAUGUACAUAAACUCAAGUUCAAUCAUGCUCAGAAGUGUUUUGUAAUAAAAACGGGAAUCAAUCUGUAUUACUGUCAUGUAUUCUUAUUAAAAAAAGAAACAUUGGUGUCUAAUCUCUUCAUCAACAUAAUUGUGUUUUAACAUAACAAUUUUGUGAAAUAUUUUAUAGCCAAAUAGACAGAGCGGCAGAUCUAUCAGAUGGGUGUCAGCCGUGACAGUAGAAGCCACAGCAUUGGCUUUCUAGUAUGAUAUUAGCCAAUUGCUUAUUACUAUUUUAGUUCAUUCUAGCACUUCAAUGGCGGUUUCCAUUGAAAGUUUGCCUCAUUUUUUUGUUUAUCGAUUAUUAUUUUUUAGUGCAGUAAGUCUUAUAUUAAAUUUUCACAUGUCCAACUAUCAAAAUUCUGAUGGCUAAUAUUCAAUAAAUUGGUACAAAUUAUUGAAUAGAUGUUUGUGUGUAUUUAGAUUAGCAUUACAGAAAAAAAUUAACUUUUUAUAUAAUUAACUAUAAUUUAGUUUAGUCAUAUUUUUUUUGGACAUAAAUAAUGCAAAUCAGUAAGUUCACUUAUUUGAUUUAUAAAAAUCAUAUUAGCUGAUUAUAUUUCCUAUAAGAUGAUAUAUAUUUUCAUUCAUGUAAAAUAAUUAGCUUAUUUUUUCAUAAUUUUUGUGUGUGAUACUUUUAAAAGAAGGCUACUUCCUCUUAAAGCUGGCUCUUAUUAUAAAGUAUUUUAGGCUAAGUUUGGUUUUUGUUUCACUCAGUUUAAAACUAUGACAUGAAAACAUAAAUCUAUAAAAAUUGUAUAAUUUUCCCCUUGAUAUUCUACUGGGGAGACUACCUAGGGAAAUUAUAAUACUGGAGGCACACUUUCUUAUAGCACUUUAAUUAACUGGCAAUUUUUUUCUAAAUUGCAGGUUCUGUGCAUAAAAUAUCUGGGAUAGGGAUGCAACUUUAAGAAUGAUUUAUAUAUUUUAAAUACUUAUGGAACCAAUAAAUGAUAAUGUAAGUCAGCAGCUCAAUUGUACUUAUGUUGAAAAACUAUUUUCUCAAGUUAGCAGAUGCUGGAAAACAUUUAGUUUUCCACAUAUGGUCUUGGAUUAGAUGGAUCACCAUACAAAGCUCAUGCUUGAGAUGUACUGUAAACACAUGGACAUGCUGGAUGCUAACAUAACAGAAAGCUGGAUAAACACAAAGUAUACUAAUACACUUCAAUUUUGUCAUAUUUUGCAGAAAAAUAUUUUAUUUUACAAUGAGCAUGGAGUCAUUCUUUGCUGACGUCUAUGAUGAUCUAUUUAGAUCAAAUAGAUUCCCUUGCGCACAUUUAUGUGCAGUUUCUGCUUUCUGUUCACCAUUUGCUAUCUAUGUAACAAAUUAUUUUUUUAAAAUUACAUAAAUGUUUUUUCUUGAAAUAUACAAGAGCACAAGUGUUUGAAUAAACAUAAUCGCUCUUCUGUCUUUGAGAACCUUUAAAAAAUGUUACCUUUUUUGGUGUAUUUUUGACACAAUGAUAGAAUCAACUUUUAAUACUUUACUUCAUAAGUUUUUGUUUUAAAUAAAGUAUAUACAUUUUCUCUCAGUUUUCAAGGCUUAGUAAGUUAUUAUGCAAGGAAGAUUUUAAAAGAGUUAUUGGUUAAUUUAUUUAAAAAGAAAUGUUUAGUAAAUGUUGGCUCUUAAAAAUAGUUAGGUUUUAUUUCUGCUGUUUCACACAUUUGUUACUUGAACAUGAAGCUUCAUACAUUAUGAACAUUUUAAAAUUUACCAUAACAUUUUUAGAGACUCACAAUCACAAACUGACUUAUUGCUUUACUUGUUAAAAUAUUUGUAUCUAUAAUUAUUGCUGAAUUUAUCCUUGAAUAUUGUGGUUAAAAUAAUAUUUGUUGCAUUUUGUAUUACCAUAUGUGGGUUCCUAUAAAAGAAUUGUAAAGAACAUUCAUAUAUAUAUAAUAUGGACUUUCCAGAAGUUAAAAGACCAUCAUGUAUUGUUGCUAAGUUGUGUCAAAUGCUGUUCAGUUAAUCCAUGCAUUCUUAACAGUGGGCUGGUUUAAAUAUGUGAUGUUUUUUGAAAAUAAAAAAAAUUGAGUUUUUU